AUGACUCUCAUUGAGGCUUUUGAUGCUGCUGUGAAUGAACUUGGUGCUCAAAAUGUUAAAGUGUUGCUUGAUAAUCAAGUUAGUGAGCCUAAGUGGCGGCGCUGUGAUGAUUAUGAUGAGAAUGGAUUCUUUCAUGAUAGUCACUUUGAUCCCCAGGAAUGGAUUCAUGGACUUACUUUGGCAGCUAACCAUUUUUCUGAACAUCAUACUAUUGUGGCAAUGAGUUUGAGGAAUGAAUUGCAUGGUCCACGCCAAAACCUGAAAGAUUGGUACAAGUAUAUGAGCCAAGCAGCACUAGCAAUCCAUAAAGUAAAUCCAAAUGUGCUUGUGGUUAUCUCAGGUUUAAACUAUGACACUGAGUUGCAGUUUUUAAGGAACAAGCCAUUGAAGUUAGACUUUCACCGACAAGUUCCAACUUUUGCAAAGGAAGAAUCAAGAGAUGGAUUUAUGAAUGACACUAAGAAGUGCUUAACUGCUACUGGUGAAGGGCUUCCGGUUGUUGUAUUUGAUGAUUGUCAAAACGAAGAACAGUUUAUGGAAAUCUGUAUCACUUUCUAUACUAUGGAUCAAGAUGGGAAACAUCUUUGCUUGCAAUAA